UCUCCCGCCAAGCAGUCAAAGCUCUUUAUUAUGUCUAUGGAGAAAAAGUUCACGAGUGGGAAGUACGGCGAUACCUGUGAUGGCUGAGUAGCGCACAUAUUAAUGAGAAUAAAACACACAAAACUAAACGAUUUGCGACUUUUCCCAUUUGCAUGUUCCGAAUUUGUAAACCUCCACGCAGUCCUAAGAGAGCAUCUCAUAGAUAAUAGGUUUUUAUGUCGGAAAAUUGACCGAAGUAAAUGGUUUACUUUUGUGUAGCGCAGAUAGUAGCAGGUGCAACCAUUUAUUUAUUAAACAGUUGCACGGUACCUAAUGAUGUUGUUUAGACUACACGAAACACGUUAUAGAGACGCGUUCAUGAUAAUAUAUUCAAUUAUCAAUUCAAUCGUAAGACUGAUACGUGAUGAGUUCGUGUCGUCUUAACGUUGACAUGUCGUGUGUGUGUGGGAAAAAAAAACACGUCUCCAUUGAUGGACUGUGUUAAUUUAAGGCGUAAUUUUAAGGCGCUGUUCGGACGUUAUGUGACUCGGUAAGUCAUAUCAGUAUCUUCCCUAGGCCUAUUAAAUGAACGAACCACCCCUCUUACCUAGGCUUAUUAAUAAAUGCACGAACCACCCCUCAUAAACCACCCAUCAUAUGGGAUAACCAAUGAACGAAUCGUACAUUGGUCUUCUAUCUAGGCGGACACCAAGAGUCGCGCCAAAUUUUGAAUAGCCUUCAUUUCAGCUGUUGAGCGCUUUUUGUGAGUCCUGUUUGUCAAAGAAGAUACAGUUACAAUUGAAAUCGAAUUGGAGAAUCAAGAUGACUAAUCAAAAUGCCCCUGUGGAUAGAGGUGCUGUGGCCCUAAUCAUCUUCCUCCUGGGACUCGAUACACUGUUGCCUUGGAACUUCUUUAUCACCGCUACAGAGUAUUUCGAAGACCGCCUCAAAGGGCCCUCAGCAAGCAAUGGACCAGUCCAGGUUACUAACGGAACCGCCCCAGUAACUAAAAACUACAACUUUGCCAGCUGGAUGACCCUUUUAUCCCAGCUGCCCCUGCUCCUCUUCACCCUGGCUAACUCUUUCCUGUACCAGCUUGUCAAAGAGAAGAUCCGUAUUGCUGCAAGCAUGGGCGCCAUCCUCUUCCUGUUCAUCCUCACCGCCAUUAUGGUCAGGGUGAAUGUGCAGCCGGACAGCUUCUUUUCUAUCACCAUGGCAACCAUCUGGUUCAUCAACUCUUUCGGAGCAGUACUCCAGGGAAGUCUGUUCGGGUUGGUGGGUCUGCUCCCCCCGAAGUACAGCAUGUUGUUCAUGAGUGGUCAGGGGCUGGCAGGGAUCUUCGCUUCGCUGGCCAGUCUGUUGUCUAUCCUCAGUAAAGCAGACAAGGCCAGCGCUGCUCUGGGCUACUUCAUAACUCCCUGUGUGGCAACUCUGAUGACUCUGCUCUGCUAUUUGCUACUGCCACACCUGGAGUUUUCCCGGUUUUACUUGGCAAAGGAAAGCAAACCGGAGGCUGCGGGCGAGCUUCUGAAGAGCUGUGAGAAAGAUAAAGAAGCAUUGGCCAACGGUGACAACAAACUCAUACUAACCAAUGGGGAUUUGGAGGCUAAUGGGACCAAACAUUCCCAGUACAUGAUGGAGCAGACGGACGACUCUUCUAGGUCAUCUGUCCUGGCAGUCUUCAAAAAGAUCUGGGUGAUGGCCCUAUGCGUUACGUGCGUGAUGGCUGUCACGCUGUCAGUGUUCCCGGCCAUCACGGUUCAAGUGAGGAGCGUGUACGGAAACGCAGAGUGGGGCCGUUACUUCCUCUGCGUUUGCUGUUUCAUCGUCUUUAACGUCAUGGACCUGAUUGGCCGCAGCGUCACCUCAGUGGUUCAGUGGCCCUCGAAGACGAGUCGUCUGUUCCCUGUGCUCGUGGUAGCCCGGGUGGUCUUCAUUCCUCUCAUCAUGCUUUGCAACACCAGUGACCGGCAGUACCUCCCGGUACUGUUCUCCCACGACGUUGCCUUUGUCACCAUCAUGACGCUUUUCGCCCUGUCCAAUGGAUACUUCAUCUGCCUCAGCAUGUCUUACGCACCUCAGUUGGUGAGGUCCAAAGAUUGUGAGACAGCAGGAGCUUUGAUGACCUUCUUCCUUGCUCUGGGUCUGUCUUUAGGGGCAGCCUUCUCCUUCCUGCUCAAAAGUCUGCUUUAAAGGGAACUGCUCAUUUACACCACACUCACCCUACACAUAUGUUAUUAACGGCUUACUCAGGGUAAAAAAAAAGAAGGUAUUUAUAUAAAGUGAAGGUCAUUUCACAUUCAAUGGAAGUAAUGUACUCUAAGUAAAUUAAACAUAGAAUACUAUCUAACACUGAGAUAGUGGGGUGAUGGCGAGCACCCCCCAAAAUAAUUUUAUGAGAGAGGUCAAGCACUGGUUCCUGCACCCCCGAUAGUGUUUAAUAACUGCAGUUAAAAAUGAUGGUCACCUCUUUUAUAAUUACUUAGACUAGUCAGGGACUUUAAAAUAAUUUUGUAUUUUUUAUAAAGUUUUUAUAUUGUUUUUCUACUGUAUUUAUGUUAUUUUACUAUUUUUCUAUACUGAAUUUACAAAGAAAUUGAAAAAUAAAAACACAAUGUUU